GCAUACAUCCUGGAAAUGCAUGUGGAACACAAUUACUCUGAACUUCUUGAGAGAGAGAUCACUCUCCAGCUGGACAAUGCACAGCACCACGCCGCGCGGCAGACUCCCGACUCCGUCGCGGGCAGGGGAUGGAUUGCAUCCACUUCCUGUGGAUCAGGAAAUAGGAGCUGGCAUUCCUCCAGUGGCAUCAGAACUUCUCAGAAGACUACAAAGCUCUCCAAAGACUAUCCAGUUGUAGAUCACACAUAUGAUGCUGUUGUGGUUGGAGCUGGAGGAGCAGGAUUGCGGGCAGCCUUUGGCCUUGUGGCUGAAGGAUUCCGAACUGCUGUCAUCACAAAACUUUUCCCUACCCGAUCUCAUACUGUUGCUGCACAGGGUGGGAUCAAUGCUGCUCUUGGAAACAUGGAAGAUGAUGACUGGAAAUGGCAUAUGUAUGACACUGUAAAGGGCUCUGAUUGGCUUGGAGAUCAAGAUGCAAUUCAUUACAUGACUAGAGAAGCUAUGGAUGCUGUCAUUGAAUUGGAAAACUAUGGAAUGCCAUUCAGCCGUACUGAUAAUGGGAAGAUUUAUCAGCGAGCCUUUGGAGGUCAGAGCCUCAAAUAUGGCAAAGGUGGCCAAGCCCAUCGGUGUUGUGCUGUUGCCGAUCGAACAGGCCACUCACUGCUUCAUACUCUUUAUGGCCACAGCCUAAAGUAUGACUGCCAAUACUUCAUUGAAUUCUUUGCCCUGGAUCUGAUCAUGGAAGGUGGUGAAUGCCGUGGUGUUGUUGCACUUUGUCUUGAGGAUGGUAGCAUUCACAGGUUCAAGUCCAAGAACACAAUUUUGGCUACUGGUGGCUAUGGACGAGCAUUUUUCUCCUGCACUUCAGCUCACACAUGUACAGGUGAUGGAACAGCUAUUUUAACCAGAGCAGGACUUCCAAAUCAAGACAUGGAAUUUGUCCAGUUUCACCCAACUGGAAUUUAUGGAGCUGGAUGCUUAAUCACGGAAGGAUGUCGAGGUGAAGGUGGUUUCUUGGUUAAUAGUGAGGGAGAACGCUUUAUGGAGCGCUAUGCUCCUGUGGCCAAGGAUUUAGCCUCUCGAGAUGUUGUGUCCAGGGCUAUGACAAUCGAGCUCCGUGAAGGCAGAGGUGUUGGAAAGGACAAGGAUCAUCUUUACCUUCAGCUGCAUCAUUUGCCUCCAGAGCAGCUUCACAUGCGACUUCCUGGGAUUUCUGAAACUGCUAUGAUCUUUGCUGGCGUCGAUGUCACAAGAGAGCCUGUUCCUGUCCUCCCAACUGUCCAUUACAACAUGGGAGGCAUUCCCACUAAUUACCGGGGCCAGGCACUCACUCAUGAGAAUGGACGAGAUAAGAUAGUCCCAGGACUGUAUGCAUGUGGUGAAGCUGCUUGUGCAUCUGUGCAUGGAGCUAAUCGUCUUGGUGCAAAUUCUCUUCUGGAUUUGGUCAUCUUUGGUCGAGCUUGUGCUCAUACAAUCCGUGAUUUGAACAAACCAGGAGAAAAGAUUGGUGAUGUUCCUGCCAAUGCAGGAGAAGCCUCUGUCGCCAACAUGGACAAAUUGCGGCAUUCCAAGGGCUCCAUAUCAACAGCAGACUUGCGCCUUGAAAUGCAGAAAACUAUGCAGACCCAUGCAGGCGUUUUUCGCACUGGUGAGCUCUUGGAAACAGGUGUCAAAAAGAUGUAUGACGUUUACAAGAAACUUGAUGAUAUCAAGCUGACUGAUCGCGGGAUGGUAUGGAACUCUGACUUGGUGGAGACAUUAGAAUUGCAGAACCUCAUGCUGAAUGCCCUGCAGACAAUCGUUGGUGCAGAAGCACGCAAAGAAUCCCGUGGAGCACAUGCUCGUGAGGACAAGAAGGAUCGUAUUGAUGAAUAUGAUUAUUCCAAGCCUAUUGAAGGGCAACAGAAGAGGCCAUUUGAUCAGCACUGGAGGAAGCAUACACUGGCCUGGCAGGAUGAAAGGACUGGCAAGGUGACUCUUCGUUACCGGCCAGUAAUUGACCAGACGUUGGAUGAGAAGGAGUGCCCCAUGGUGCCUCCUGCUUUGAGGUCUUAUUAGAAGUAGGCUUGUCACUUUUCAUGUCACUUCCUCACCAUCCAACUUGCUCAGGCUUCUCCCUCACCUCAUAAUUACAUCUUCCAACAUUGUAGGUGUAGGACUUUUCAGUGCCUGAAAAAUCUCCCAAGGAAGUACAGCCAGUAUUAAUGCAUUUACUGCCAGCCUCUAAAGCUCCCAACCAGUGCACUCAUUCACUUCCACAUUCAUUGUUUUUUCUAUCAAGAAUAUUUUCAAAAUGCAAAUCUUAAUCAGUUCCCAAGUCUCAGCCCUAGCUAUUGUCCCUCUCUAAGUAAGAUUUCCUUCCUCUUCUUCCACUUGCAUCAGCUGUAACUGCUACUGAAGACAGGCGAAGAAGAGCUUUGGAUGCUGGGAAUUUGGGUUUGAUCAUAUGAAAAAGACCAUCUGCUACCUAAUGUAACAACUACUUGAUACUUUGAACUAGUUAUAGGUUACUUGAUGGCAGAUUUCUUAUAUUUUCCUUAAUGAAUUGAAGAUGGUGGCAGUGAAUGUGUUAAAAACAAGUUGUACAGGUAUCUUUCUUGUGAUCAUGUGGGGAGAGUGGGAGGAAGAAGUAUGUUUUUUUUUGUUUUCCCCUUGUCCUUUCCCUGGGUUGACCCAUUUGUGCAACUGCUUGUGGGAACUUAGAUUGUGAUCUGCUCAUUGGAAUCAGUCUGCAUUUUCCUCAUGAUAAUAAAAGAGGAAUUACAACA